AUGCAAGCUGCUGCCAAUACACGUGUAAUGGGUGCGCUGAUGGCGCACUUGAUUAAACUUAUCAAUCGGUAUCACAAAAUCAGUUAUGAUCAAAUAUCGAUCGUUGGCUUCAGUCUCGGUGCACACGCGGCCGGUUUUGCUGGGAAGCGUUUCAGUGGUACAAAGCUGAAAGCUAUUUACGGUGGUGUUUUUGCACUUGCUUUUUAUCUCGUCAUUUUCAGCAACAUAUGGAUGUGUCUUGAUCCAGCAGGUCCAUUAUUUUCAAAAGCCAACCCAAAUCGUUUAUACGGGACAGUUCCACCCGGUGAGCGCUUAAGCCGAACUGACGCACAAUACGUGCAAGUUUUUCAUACAAGUGGUGAUGUGAUGUGGAGAGGUGGCGCCGGAACGUUGGAAAGGCUUGGUGAUGAGGAUUACUACGUGAAUGGAGGUCGACUUCAAUUGGGUUGUUCAGAAGCUAUUGGAGCGACUGCAUUCGCCCUUCGAGCGUUGCUAUCAACUGAUCUUAGCAAUGAUUGUAACACGAAAGUUAUUGCUGGCUACACUGAAGACCCGCCGUCCAUCAAUAAAACAUCUGAAUCGUCUACGUUCUAUUUCGAUACGCUUGCGGAAAGGUUUGAUGAGAAUGGAUUUUGCGCUGAGCUGUUCUGUCUUCAAGUGACAACGAACGUGACAUCAGAGGCAUCAGUUGAUAUAACAAUACGAAACAAUCAAGGACAAUCCCUGUAUUCAACUCAAGUCAGAAAGGGCAGUGCACGAUACAUGAAUUUCACGGCCAACGAGACACAAUCCAUAAUCGUUGCGCUGCCUCGUGGAUUCGUUACAGUUGAAAACUAUACGGUUACAGUCUUCGCAAAAUACUCGCACAAAAGCGUAAUUGCUCGCAAUGAAACGCUUGAAAUACCCGCUCAAACAACACUUGUGGACGGGGAUGGCAUCGCGUCAGUUUUCCUUUUGUUAAGUCAGACGUUAUUUUACGCAUUCUGCUGA